AAUCUUAAACUUCUUUUAAACAAGAUGCUUACAAUAAUUUUCAUUUUUCUAUUGUUAACAUUAUUGUUUAUAAAAAUCGUUCAAACACAAAAAUAUUGGAGUAGACGAGGAGUUAUCCAUGGCUCUUUAUUGCAAGAUUUCGUUCGAGUUUUUAUUAAAAGAGAAUCAUUUUGCGAAGCUCUUAUUAGAGUUUAUACAACAUUUCCUAAUUCGAGUUUUGUUGGAUUAUCUCAAACUCUUCUCCCCGAUUUAGUUCUUACAAACAUAGAUUUAAUAAAAGAAAUUUGUAUAAAAGAUUUCGAUCAUUUCACUGACCACAGAUGGUUCAUUCCGGAUGGAGUCGAUGAAUUAUGGUCAAAAAAUUUGUUUGCAUUAAAAGGAAUCGAAUGGAAACACAUGAGAACAACGCUAAGCCCGUGUUUUACAUCAAACAAAAUGAAAAUACUUUUUAAUUUAAUCGCUGAAUGUUCUCAAACUCACCUCGAAUUUUAUUCAAAUAAAAUAAGUAACAUAAAAACCGUCGAGUUAAGUGAUAUCUUUACACGUUAUACGACUGAUAUUAUAGCAACGGUCGCUUUUGGUUUAAAAAGUGAUUCAAUUACGAAUAAAAACAAUGAUUUUUAUGUGAUGGGGGAGAAAUCGACUUCUUUUGGAUUUUCAACAAAAAUUUUUAUGUUGUUAUACACGAUAAUGCCUGCAAUUCCGAAAAUGUUGGGUUUAACAUUUUUGAAUAGAAAAGUAAGCGAAAUAUUUAAAAGGACUGUAAAUGAUACUAUUAAACUAAUAGAAGAAAAAGGAAUUUUUCGGCCAGAUAUGAUUCAUAUAUUAUUAGAAGCUCGAAAACAUCGAAUUAAAGAAGAUGAAAAUCAAACGAUAAACGAGAACGAAUUCGCUGUUGUUAACGAAAUGUUAAAAGGGGGUUACAAAAAACCUUUUAUUACCAAUAAUGAUAUUGCAUCUCAAGCUGUAAUAUUUUUCUUUGCCGGUUUUCACACAGUUUCAGUUUUAUUAUGUUUCAUGGCUUACGAACUCGCUUUAAAUCCACAAAUACAAAAGAGAUUACAGCAAGAAAUCGACGAAACUUUAAAUAAAUGUAAAGGAAAAAUAAAUUACGAAUCAUUAAUCGGAAUGAAAUACAUGGACAUGGUUGUAACCGAAACUUUUAGAAAAUGGCCUCCAGUUAUCGGUGUUGAUAGAGCUUGUACAAAAAAAUACACCUUUAAACCUACAAAUAAUAACGAAAAAUCAUUAAAAAUUUAUCCGGGUGAAUUAAUUUGGAUUCCGGUUGGUGCUAUUCAUCGAGAUCCAAAAUUUUACCCAAAUCCCGAUGAAUUCAAACCCGAGAGAUUUAACGAAUACAAUAAAGACAAAAUUAAACCGUACACUUUUUUACCGUUUGGAUUGGGGCCGAGAAAUUGUAUCGGAUCUCGAUUAGCUUUGUUAGAAAUAAAAAUGUUUUUCUUUUUUAUUUUAACUAAAUUUGAAUUUGUUCCAAAUCAAAAAACCGAUAAAAAUUUAAAAUUAAAGAAGUCGUCGUUUAAUUUGCUGGAAGCGAAAGAAAUUUGGGUUGAUUUAAAAUUACGUGAUUUAUAAUAUGUUGUCACAUAAAAUUUUUUGUAAGCACAAAA